GGGAGCCACGCCUUCUCUCCAGGCAGCAGCCUUCUGAGGGCCUUCCUCGUUGCUCGGUGAGGUGGUUGCAGAGCCGUCUGAGCUAGAGAGGGCGUGUUUAUCGAUGGAGGAGAUAGUGGCUGUUCUGACUGGGCAGCCGACCGCGGAGCCCAGGGAUCCAGACCCAAGAUCGGCAAACAUGGGUGAUAUAGCCAGAUGCAAUGGCGGACGCCGCCUCUCUGCACUUCCCAGCUACUUAGUAUUGCAGGCCAGACUCUCCCGCAAGGAGAGAGAGGGUCUGGCAUGCUAGCCUGCCCGUCUUUACGCAAAGAGACAGCCGGCUAGCGGACGUGUUUCUAGGGUCUCCUUUCUCCCUCUCUCUCUCUCUCUCUAGACCUGGAGCUGUUCCGCAACGUCUGCUACAUCGUGUGCGGCGUCGUCAUUGACGGAGGACGUGUUCUGAUGGUGCAGGAGGCCAAGGCCUCGUGUAGAGGGAAGUGGUACCUGCCAGCAGGUAGAAUGGAGAGGAACGAGAGCAUCGUGGAUGCUGUCAAGAGGGAAGUGAAGGAAGAGUCUGGGCUGGACUUUGAACCAGAAGCCCUCCUCUGCAUUGAGUGCCACGCCCACUCUUGGGUCCGGUUCACUCUCGGAGGGCGGAUAGUGGGCGGAGCUCUGAAGACGGUUGCCGAGGCCGACCGGGAAAGUCUGCAGGCACAGUGGCAGCCAGCAGAAAAGACGAAACUCCUACACUCAGUCGAGCUGAGAGCCCACGACGUCCUGAAGCUGAUCUCCAUUGCCAGGCGGUGGUACGGAGGAGGGAAGCCGUACAGGGGAACCCCCGUUGCCGUGGGACACGUCAGCUGCUCCCUGAGACUGGUAGUGGUGAGAGAGAGCUCGACUGGUUGCCUGGAGGGCCUGGUGCGGGGAGGAGAGGGAGGGCCUCGUCUGCCAGUCUCUCUCUUCACCCACUACCACGAGGGAGGUAUACAGGCUGCCGUCACCAAGACACUCAAGGGGUGUGGUUACGAGGGCGAGUUCAGAGUGGUGGGUGUGGUUCAUGUGGAGCACGUUGGAAAGGCCGGGUGGCGAGACGGGUUCUGUCUCUCCCUCCUCGUCCGGCUUCCACCGCCAGGAGAGCUGGAGGUGGGCGGGGCCACCAGGUGGAGAUGGGAGAAGGUGGAGGGGGAGUGUGGGGAGAGGGUGCGAGCUGCCUUGAACGAGGACCCUCCCGGGUGUGCCACUCUUAUCGACCUCACCUCAAGACACUUUUGAUAACCACAAAAAACAGAUUUGGGUUUCAGUAAUAGUCGCAAUCAACAUGUUUUUAUCC